GCUGUUCCUCUAAGUCGUUCAAGCUGUACUCGCCAAAGGAGCCCCCGAACGGCAACGCCUUCCCCCCCUUCCACCCAGGCACCAUGCUGGAUCGAGAUGUGGGACCUACUCCCAUGUACCCACCGACAUACCUGGAGCCUGGAAUCGGGAGGCACACGCCGUACGGGAACCAGACCGACUACAGGAUAUUUGAGCUCAACAAGCGGCUGCAGAACUGGACAGAGGAAUGUGACAAUCUGUGGUGGGAUGCCUUCACCACGGAGUUCUUCGAGGAUGACGCCAUGCUAACAAUCACUUUCUGCUUGGAGGAUGGACCAAAGAGAUACACGAUCGGCCGGACUCUGAUUCCCCGUUACUUCCGCAGCAUCUUUGAAGGGGGGGCCACAGAGCUCUACUAUGUGCUCAAGCACCCCAAGGAAUCCUUCCACAACAACUUUGUCUCCCUGGACUGUGACCAGUGCACCAUGGUUACCCAGCACGGCAAACCCAUGUUCACCCAGGUGUGUGUGGAGGGGCGGCUCUACCUGGAGUUCAUGUUCGACGACAUGAUGAGGAUAAAGACGUGGCAUUUCAGCAUCCGCCAGCAUCGAGAGCUCAUCCCCCGCAGCAUCCUCGCCAUGCAUGCACAGGACCCCCAGAUGCUGGACCAGUUGUCCAAGAACAUCACCCGCUGUGGGCUCUCAAACUCCACACUCAACUACCUCCGACUCUGUGUAAUCCUAGAACCAAUGCAGGAGCUCAUGUCACGGCACAAGACCUACAGCCUCAGUCCCCGGGACUGCCUCAAGACUUGCCUCUUCCAGAAGUGGCAGCGGAUGGUGGCUCCUCCUGCGGAGCCAGCGCGGCAGCAGCCCAGCAAGCGCCGGAAAAGGAAGAUGUCAGGGGGCAGCACCAUGAGCUCCGGUGGGGGAAACACCAACAACAGCAACAGCAAGAAGAAGAGCCCGGCCAGCACCUUUGCCCUGUCCAGUCAGGUACCUGAUGUGAUGGUGGUAGGCGAGCCCACGCUGAUGGGGGGGGAGUUUGGGGACGAGGACGAGCGGCUCAUCACCCGGCUGGAGAACACGCAGUUUGACGCCGCCAACGGCAUCGACGACGAGGACAGCUUCAACAACUCGCCGGCGCUGGGGGCCAACAGCCCCUGGAACAGCAAACCGCCCUCCAGCCAGGAGAGCAAGUCAGAGAACCCCACGUCGCAGGCGUCGCAGUAACAGCCCCCCCCGGCCGCCCCGUGGACUCAGUCCCAACCGAUCUACCUGUACAUUUGCAACAGAGAGUGACUGGGAAGCGGCGAGGUACCGGGGGCCGAUCGGUGCCGCGCGGCCGAUGGGGUGCAGGGGCGGGCAGCCCCCAGCCUUCUCCCCCCCCGCCGCCUCCCCGCUCCCCCCACGCCUGCCUCCCCGCCGGACCCCAGGGCAGGGGUGGGUUUCUGGGGCUGUAGCUUCGUUAUCCCCCUGUCUCCCUCUUCCUCCCUGCUUCUUCCCCGGGAGAGCUUCUCAUCCCCGUCCCGAUGUGCCCAGCCCCUGCCUGCUGAGCGGGGGGCAUUAGGAGGGAGGUGUCGGCAAGUGGCUGGCUCGACCGGGAAGCUGGUGGCGAGCAGUUGCCACCCGUUGGGGUCUGGCACAGCCCAGAGACCCUCCUCCUUCUCCCCAGGUCCUACAGCUGGGGUUUGCUGGGCAGCCACCCGCAGCGGGGUUGCACAUCCCCAGCUCAACCCGGGGCUGGGGGUGAUGGAGAGCCUUCCCCGUGCCACCGGCUCUGCCACGGAGCCUCCUCCGGCCGGGCUGGGACCCCGCUGCGCCGGGGCGGUGGGGAGGACAGGACCCCGUCGCGUUUCCCCCUUCUCCUGCACCCUCCCCAUCCCCUCGCUCCCCGGGGGCGAGAGCAGGGCCACGGGGGAACUCUGUAUAUAGGAAUUGUGUGGUGGGGGGGGGUGCUGGGGGAGGCUCAGGGGGAACAGGGAGGACCCGCAGCUCCGUCAGAGCAGCCGGUGCCCUCGCUCCCUGCCCGCAGCCCCCGCGUUGCCCCCCA